AUGAAUGGAUACAACUCAUUCAAUACUACAGAUCCUUCUCAAAGAAUCAUUCCCCCAGUACCUAUGUCAACGAUCAACUUGAAUGAAUUGAGUAUUCUUCACAAUGAUCCAAAUUUGUCUAAUAUUCAAUAUGGCAACCCUACUUCAAGUAUUUUGAAUGAUAGUUCUAUUAUUAAUAGUAAAAAGAUACUUACUCCACCAAACUCCACUGUUAAGAAAUCCAUUAAAUUAUCAAGAAAAAAUUCAUUAGUUCGUCCCUUAUCACCAGAAUUCUCAUCACCUGCAGAUGCUCCAAAGACCAAGAAACAAAAAUCAGAUUCUUCUACUUCCAAUAAUACUCCCAAUAAUUCCACAGGUAUUGGUUCAAGAAGUAAUGGUAAUUUAACCAUUGAUGAUCUAUUGGAAUCUUUAAAGAAAAGACGUGAUUCUGUCGUUGACCCAACUAAGAAACCUCCAUACUCUUAUGCUCUUUUAAUCGGGCUGGCUAUUUUACAAUCACCAAAUGCUAAAUUAACGUUAUCACAAAUCUAUCUUUGGAUCUCCAGACAUUUUGAAUUUUAUAAGAUUAAUGAUUCAGGUUGGCAAAAUUCCAUUAGACACAAUUUAUCAUUAAAUGAUGCCUUUAUUAAGACCGAUAAAUCUCAUGACGGUAAAGGUCAUUUCUGGGAAGUACAGCCAGGUAGUGAAUCUAAAUUUUUCAAAAAUGAAAACAGAGGUUUAUUGGUAGUUCGUGAAAUUUUGAAAAAUUUAGAUGAUUAUUUCCCCAAGGAAUUAUUCAAUAAUGAUACAACCUCAUCAACUAACGCCACCACCACGACAAAUAGCUCAACUAUGACACGUAACUCUACCAUUAAUGAUACUAAAAAUAAAAGCACUUCAAAUAAUAAUAGUAGAAGUAAUAAUAGUAGUAGUAAUAGCAGCAGCAACAGCAGCAGCAGCAGUAGUAGUAGUGGCUCAGAAAUUGAAGAUGAAAAUACAGAUAAUGAAAAUGAAGAAGAUGAUCAAAGUCAAGAAGAAGAAUUUGAUGAUGAAGAAUUUGAUGAAAGAGCAGAUGCUUCUAAUAAGAUGAAUACCAAAUCAAUUUCGAAUUCAAGCUCUACUUCCAGUUCAAGCUCGGAUAUUAAGAAACAAACUUUUGGUGGAGAUUUAUUAGAAAAAAUUGUUGGUAGAGAUGAAUUCAAUUCCAUUGAUAAAUAUACUAUUAUCACCACUAACAGUAAUAAUAGCAACAAUAAGAAGAGAAGUAGAAGUAAUACUACAAUUGGAAUGGGUCGUUUAGGUUCGAAUUUCGGUUAUUCUCCAAUUAAAACUCAUACGAGAAAUAAUAGUGCCAAUAAUCUCUUAUCAUAUGACAGUAUGAUUUAUAAUCCAAGUUCAAUUCCAAAACAAAAUCCAAUCACCUAUUCCUUAAGUGAUUCAACUUUACCUUCAUUGGAUAAAUUACCAACUUUCCAAAUAAAUGAUUCAAGAUUACCUCCUUUGAAAAAAUCUUAUCAAUCAACUACUGCAAAUAGUACUAUUUUUGAAUCCCCAACCCCAACAUUGGUUUUAACAUCUCCGUCACAAUUAAGUAUGAAGAAAUACUCUUGUUCCUUUAAUUCGAGUUUUGAUGAAACUUCUCCAAUGUAUCAAAGGCGCCAUUCAGCUUCUAUUGCUGCUUCUUUGGAACAUAAUAGUAACAAUAACAAUAGUAAUAACAAUAGCAAUAGUAAAUUACCUCCUUUACCAUCAAAUGAUAUUCUUAAGACACCAAAGGUUCCUACUCAAUUCCAACAGAAUGAAAAGACUCCAAGUAGAUUCAUCACUUCUCCAAGAGAUGAAAGUGCCAUCUUCCAUAGAUUCAAUUUCACAAGUCCAUCUAAUAUUAUUGAAGAAACAUAUUCUCCAUUUUUUAGAAAUAAUAUGGCUUCUCCAAUGAGAGCCAUGAUUUCAACACCAAGUAGAGAAUUGAAUGGUGCUUUAUCUCCGGGCAAGUUACUCCCACCUCCUCCACCUUCAAAUCAUUCUUCGAGCUCUCCAAAUAUUGCAUUGAAUUCAACUUCUACAACAACUACUGCUCCUUUAUUAUUAGGAGGAACCUCUUCAAAAUCAAAAUACUCUACAGGUGGUUUAUUUGGAGUAGAUGUCUAUUCAGUUUUACAAAGGAUUAAACAAGAAUCUAAGAGAGGACAAUCCUUAAUGUCAAGUAAAGAUGUUUCAAAACCAUCAGAUCAAUUGAAAUAUCAAACUCAACAAAACUCUUUUUUUCAAAGCAACAGUAGAUCUCCAACUCCAAAUCCUACAUAUAGCCCCGAGAGAACAAACAAUAUUAAUCCUAUUUAA